CCUUAUCCGUUGCCAUAUCCUUCUUAAACCCUGAUUCUGCCGCUGCCGCCGUCCAUUUCCGCCGCCAAAAUGCAGUCGGCGAUAAUAUCUCCGUCUCCACGCGCCGCCCCGUUUAUCGCAGUCACACCAUCGACCAAUAUCCAACGAAGGCGUCCCUUCUUUGUUAGAGCCUCGAUUUCCAAUGUAGAGUCUCCAUCGCCCAGUGCCCCCGCCGUUCAAAAGCUCAACAAGUAUAGCUCUCGCAUUACCGAGCCGAAGUCGCAGGGCGGAUCUCAGGCGAUUCUCCACGGCGUUGGCCUCUCCGAUGACGAUCUCAGCAAGCCGCAGAUUGGCAUUUCGUCGGUCUGGUACGAGGGAAAUACCUGCAAUAUGCACCUGUUGCAGCUCUCCGAGGCUGUCAAAUAUGGAGUUCAAGCAGCCGGCAUGGUUGGCUUUAGGUUCAAUACGAUUGGCGUUAGUGACGCCAUUUCCAUGGGAACCAGAGGCAUGUGCUAUAGCUUGCAGUCGAGGGACUUGAUUGCUGAUAGCAUCGAGACUGUCAUGAGUGCUCAGUGGUACGACGGGAAUAUCUCCAUCCCUGGCUGUGAUAAGAAUAUGCCUGGUACAAUAAUGGCUAUGGGAAGGCUGAAUCGACCGAGUAUUAUGGUUUACGGUGGAACCAUCAAGCCUGGUCAUUUUCAAGGCCAUACAUACGACAUUGUGUCUGCAUUUCAGGUAUAUGGAGAAUAUGUAAGCGGGUUGAUAAGUGAUGAACAGAGGAAGAAUGUUGUCCGCAACUCCUGCCCGGGAGCCGGGGCUUGUGGUGGUAUGUAUACAGCUAAUACAAUGGCUUGUGCUAUUGAAACUAUGGGCAUGUCUCUUCCUUACAGCUCGUCAACGCCCGCUGAGGAUCCACUAAAGUUGGACGAAUGCCGUUUAGCUGGAAAAUAUCUUCUGGAAUUAUUGAAGAUGGAUUUGAAACCCCGGGAUAUUAUUACAGAAAAAUCACUACGAAAUGCAAUGGUUGUUGUUAUGGCUUUGGGUGGUUCCACUAAUGCAGUGCUACACUUGAUUGCUAUAGCAAGGUCUGUUGGUUUGAAUUUAACCCUUGAUGAUUUUCAGAAGGUCAGCGAUCAGGUCCCUUUACUUGCCGAUCUUAGGCCGAGUGGAACAUAUGUCAUGGAGGAUAUUCACAAGAUUGGAGGAACACCUGCAGUUAUUCGCUAUUUGUUGGAGAACGAACUUUUAGAUGGAGAUUGUUUAACUAUCACGGGAAAAACGUUGGCCGAAAACGCUAAACUUUUCCUACCCCUAACUGAAGGGCAGCGUGUUAUUCAAUCUUUGGAGAAUCCCAUCAAGAAAACAGGGCACCUUCAAAUAUUAUAUGGAAAUCUUGCUCCCGAGGGUUCAGUAGCUAAGAUCACUGGAAAGGAGGGGCUAUAUUUCUCUGGUCCUGCUCUUGUUUUUGAAGGGGAAGAAUCGAUGAUUGCAGCAAUAACAGAGGACCCUUCAAGUUUUAAGGGGAAAACGGUGAUCAUUAGGGGUGAGGGUCCUAAAGGGGGACCGGGCAUGCCUGAAAUGUUAACACCGACUAGUGCCAUAAUGGGGGCUGGUUUGGGGAAGGAAGUGGCAUUGCUGACUGAUGGAAGAUUCUCCGGUGGUUCACAUGGCUUCGUUGUCGGUCACAUAUGCCCUGAAGCAUUGGAAGGUGGACCAAUUGGGUUGAUUCGAAACGGUGAUAUCAUCAACAUCGACGUCCAGAACCGGAGUAUUGAUGUUCAAUUAUCCGAACAAGAGCUGGAAGAACGAAGAAAGAACUGGAUUCCACCUGCAUACCGGGCAACCCGAGGUGUUCUCUACAAGUACAUCAGGAACGUGCAGGCGGCAUCGAAAGGGUGUGUGACGGACGAGUAGGACGAACCAGGAGGCUGUAGUUAGAGACCCUUCCUCUAGUUCCCAUUUAGAGUUGCUCAACAAAUCCAGUUCCUAAGAUCACAUCCCCACUUCCUCUCUUGUUUGCUUCAUCAUUUUGUUUCUAGUCAUUCUUGCAGGGGAAGACAGUGGCCUAUUUAACACGAGGCGUGCACGUGGUAUAUCCCUUUUAUUUUAUCAUAUCAAAUGACAUUUUUUAUCUCAUUAUUGUUCUUGUUGGGAUAC